AUGGAAGGCCGUACAGAUGGCUACCAAGCGUUGAGUGCUCUCAUGGGAACGUUCCCAGAGUUUUCAAUCUUUCGUAAAUUCUCCAUACUGAACUGUCAAGACUUACUCCUCUUGCAGGCUCAGUUGAUACAGAAAGAAGGACAAUUCUUGUCGCUUAUGGCGGAAGAGCGAGCUUCAAAUGACGAGGCAGGAAACAACUUAACCAUCGACUUCGAGGCCAUCAUGGAUCCCCAGAACGCCACGGACGGGUGCGCAAAGAGGCAACGGGAGAAAUUGCUAGAGAUGCGUGAAGGGCUUCUGCGAUUUCAUCAACUCGAAACAAGCCUCCCUUCUGCUCAUAAACCCGCUCUCGAACGUCUCCGUCGCUUCUUGAAAAGCGGCCCUAAUCGAAGAACCUUUCUUCACGAUCGGCACUACUUCACAUGGGCGAAGAAAAACGAGUAUGAUCUGACGUCCGUGGCAGCGAAGAACACGAGCAACGAUGCCUUGUCACAAUGGUUUUCGUGGUUCGUGACCGAUGUGUAUCACAAGCACUGGGGACAUGAACGACACGAACAUGCUUUGGUCGUGGAGGAGUGGAGACCACGUCACACUCCUGGAUUGACUUACUACCCAGAACGCACCAUUGCGAAUGUGGUUACAGCUGUGAGCACAAUAUUGGCUCCCGUUCUGCCAACGAUGUCUGCUCUUGGGUUGUAUUUCAUCACCGACCCUCUCCUCAGACUGGGUGUGCUGGUGAUUGUGAGCUUCCUCUUCAGCGGGGCACUGGCGUUGGUGGGUGUGCCUCGAAAGGUCGACUCGUUCACCGCUACGGCUACCUUCACCGCCGUGCUGAUAGUUUUUGUGGGCAACAACACGGAUUGCACCUGUUGA